AUGGAGACCUCUGGAGGCAGCAGAGGAUUGUGGAACAAUCCCAGACCUCAGUGGAGCAAGGAGGUCCAGGACAUGAUGAGAUUAAGAAAAGAGGAAUCGAAGCUCACCUGUUUCCAGAGAAAACCCAUGAACAGAAACUCAAAAACCUCGGCUCAGACUCCUGAUCCUUCGUCUCCUUCCUCGAGCGAACCCGUCCGGAUAUCUCUGCCGAGGAAAACUCAGAGAAGAAGCGCCGAGUCUUGUCGAUCGGGGAACGGCUACGAGCGGGAAAAGUUCCGGCCUGGUCCUACACGAGACUUGGAGAAAGAGAAGAGGAGGCUUCAGAACAUCUUGUCAACAGGCAAGGAGUCCACACCUGAACCUCUGAAACCUCAAAAGUCAACUGCAGGUCGUGGACCAGAAGCAUCAGAGGAGGUCGAUCGCCAUCAGGAAGUUCUAAAUGAAAUAGACGAAAGAAGACAGUUCCUGGCAGAUGUGGCAGCUCUGGGUCAAGAAAGGCCGUACGUUGACAUCAUCAACACAGAGAUAUCUCAGAAAAUCCGUGAACUGGAGUUGCUGGAUCGGACCAGCAGUCACAAGUAGGAAGUAAUGACA